UACCCAUAGUACAUCCGUGAUCAGAUGAACAUGGCGCAGGGGAAAUGGGCCGUUGUUGGAUUGUAAACAUUUCUAAACAAGAGGAAAUUUUGGAAUAAGAUCGACAUCGUGUCAUGCACGUGUGAAAUGGUCUCAAUCUCGAUAUACUGGAUCACUUCUGCUUCAUUGAUGACUACGAGGCGACCGAUUGAGUGCAGCAAAUCCAAUUGCAUUCAUAAACAUUUCUAUAGGACUUCAAACCCCUGAGCAUUCAUUUUUUUGGGAUAUUUGAACAAAAAUCCUUGUUUUUAUCGUGGAUAACAUCUUCGCACGACCAAAUGGCUGCAGCUGGAAACGCGAAAAGGUGUAAUGAUUUGCCCCGAGGCGUUGAAAGGUUAAAAGAGGAGCACAGAAAGGUGGUGAAAGAUUGCAGAAGUAAAAUCGAGCAUUGGAAAAAAGUGGAAAAAGACUAUGAAUCUCUCCAGGAGCGUCUCAAGACCCUGCCUGACAAGUUGUCUUACGAUAUUAUGGUUCCAUUUGGUCCCUUGGCAUUCAUGCCUGGAAAGCUAGUUCACACUAAUGAGUUAACAGUUCUCCUUGGAGAUAACUGGUUUGCCAAGUGUUCUGCCAAGCAGGCUGAUGCUCUUGUGGAACACAGGAAGACACAUGUGAACAAAACACUUGAUGACUUACAGAAAGUAAUGAAAAACUUUCAAAACAGGGCUGACUUCACAGAUGAUCUCGAAAAAUUGUCCAGCGCGACUGAUGGUACUGGAGAUUUUGUAGACAUUAGAGAAGAGGUGGUCAAUGAGGAAGAAGUUACCAAAGGAAAGCAUCGAUUGGCCCUCAAACCCAACUCAAAACCCAAGCAGGAGUAUUUACUGGAGCUGCAACAAGUAAAGGAUGAUGGAGAGGUAAAGAAAGGGCCGUCUGAGGAAGAGCUGUGGGCUCGACUUGAUGAAUUGGAGCUUCAAGAGGAAAUGCAGGAUGAAAGAUACAGAUUGGACAGCACAGACACUAAUGGAGAAGACACCACUUCCUCUUCCUCCGAAGAGGAGAAGGAAGCAGAUUGUAGCAACAGUGUCCAGCUUAAUGGUCAUCAGGAGGAGAAUGGAUGGGGACCCACAUCUCAGACGAACAGUAGUAUAGUCCCACAACCUGAGGUGGACGAAGAGAACGAGUGUGAGGAGGAAACAGGAAACAGUCUUCCCACAAUCUACUUUUCUCAUACUGUGGAACCCAAAAAGGUUAGAAUCAACACAGGAAAGAACACAACUCUUAAGUUCAGCGAGAGAAAAGAGCAAAAGGAACAGGCCAAACGGAAAAAGAAGAGCGGCAAAAGUAAUGGCCAUUCUCCUCAUGAAAGUUACAAGUUCACAACCCCAGCAGACAUUUAUAGGGUGUUUGUGGACUUGGUGAAUGGAGAGCUGAUGCCACGGAAGUCUAUUUUAAAGUCACGCAGCCGUGAGAACAGCGUGUGCAGCGACACCAGCGAGAGCAGCACAGCCGACUUCGAAGAGAGACGUGCUGCUUUCGGCCGCACGAUGAGCCACGAUGAAGCCACACACAGUGACACCAGUGAUGGCAUUACAGAGGAGGAGAGCCCCACGGGCAUGAGCCCACGCUCCAACGGGCACUUUGAGGCUUUUACAGGCACAGUGAUUGAAAAGGAUCCCAUGCCUUCCUCAAUUCCACAUCUAACAAUCGCCCCUCCUGCUCUACCCACAAUUCCUGAGAGAAAGCUGGAGGAGCUGGGUCCAGAAGUGCCUCAGGAGCCACCCAAGAGGAUGUCCAAAUUUAAAGCUACGCGGUUGCAGCAGAAAUGAGAGCUAAUAUUGCCAGGUCCCAGCUAUUCUGUUUUUGAAGUCCUUUUUGUGCAUCUGUAACAUUUAUGGACUGGAAACAUGGUGUUCGGUUUACUCCCUAAUUCUUUCUUGAGCUACACUGUUGUCAGUUAAUGCAUAAUGUGUUUUUCAUUCAGAUACUGAAGCUUAAUUUGGUCUGUAAGUGCAAUAACAAUAUAAUACAAUUUGACAUACAGAUUGUUUCCUCUGUUUUUAGCGGCAUAUUUAGCUACCUUUGGGGUAUAUUCGUUUAGAUAAAUAUAAAAUAUAGAAAUGGCGAAAUUAUGUCAUUGAUUUAAUAGAUAAUGUGAAAUGUAUGAAAACGUGGCUUUUUGAGUUGAUGGUCAUGUUAAUUCAUGAAAUUAUGCUCUGACCCACCUUGGCAGUGAUAUAGCCACCAGUUUCUGUCAGCUUUAAAAAGUAUUUUUUAUCCCGUAUGAGCUUUUCCUUUAGCUCUUUAUCAUCUUUUCUACAGUUUUGAAUUGUUUUCUGUCUAGUGUUUUGAUUUAAGACCGUAUAGAUGUGCAUCAUCCUUUUUGUGACUGUAAAAGUAUAACUGAAAGGGAUACAAAAAAUAAACGGUUGACCAUAGAGUUUGAUGUAUGCUGUUAAGAGACUUAUCUGGAGCUAUGAAUGACCAGCAUCUGGUUAGGUUUAGUUCUAUUCUGUUCUGUUUUAUUCUAUUCUAUUUUAUUAUUGAUGCAACUCUUUUUCUGGUGUGUUGUUCAGUCUGAGCCAGUAGAUGGCAGUAAAGCUCAAUUUAUGUUUCGGCGUUAACGACACUAGCUGACAGAAAUUCGUUGGGACAAAAAACUGAUAAGCUUGACAUACUUAUCGAGAUUUACCUAAACAAACAUUAAAAAAUUAAAUGUAAAAACCAAACAUUAAAAAAUAUUUUUUAUAAGUAUUUAUAAUAUAAUUUAUAAAUUUAGGCCGUGCUGGACAUGGCCGAUAUUCACUGCGGCGACUCCAGUUGAGAAAAGCCAUAAAUGCUACUAUAUUUAUGUAUGACGUGCAUAGCGCUUGAAAGCUAUUACGUGGAUAAAAUAUGAUUUUAUUCCAUUUUGAGGUGGAAGUAUUACCCCAUUUCCAGCCCCGCAUUUGGGUUUAGGAUUUACCCUUGUUACUCAAAAUAAAAGAGUAUUGGAAGUUACAACUAAUUAGAAACCGAUAUUAAGCUUACAUGUAAAUGUAAAGAUUUGUUCAAUGUGCUGUUUUAUAAGUUGCGCCAGACCACGCCCCUUUGAUUCCUCUUGUAGUGAACGAAGUCGCUAUACAGCAGCGACGCGUCAUCGUCACUGGUAAGAAAAUUAAAUUUACACCAAACCUGAACAAUGCAUUCAAUGCACAGCUACACAUCCUGUCUGACAACGUCAGCUUCUUGCUUCCUUGUCGUAAAAUGAUUGACAGGCAGAAAUGCCAAGAUAUCCGACCGUGUCCAGCGCUGUAAGAAAAGGGUUUUUUAGGACACCUAGAGAUAUUUGCCAGACAAUGGGGACAUUCUGCUCUCCAGUAGAAAAAAACAUUUACAACACCUUUCAAAUGAAGCUGGAAGCCAAGUUAGUUCAUGAAUUUGCUUUAAUUCAUAUGAUAUGUCAUGAAACCAUUCAUAUCACCUACAAGUUUGCUCUGUUUUCAGGGCAACAAUAUAAUGUUAAAUAGUAAAGAGCAAGGUGACUUCAAAUGCCUCAUUAUUACUUUUGAGCUGUUGCAAGUAGCACUGCCUCCACCAAUGCCUUUGCUCCUGUAUCAGUCACUUGAGUUUGACUGCAGACUUAUCCAUCAGCACAUUGACAUUUGGACUUGGACAGGUUCUGAGUCAGCAGCUGGACUGAUCGCAGCGUAGUCCAUUCAAUUAAUUUCUGUCUAGGAAGAUUGAAUGUUAAACUCGAACAUUUUUUAAAGCAUGAUCUUCAUGGAGAAGCUUUCAUUUAGCAUUCCCAUUAAUCUCAAUAGCAGUUGCUUGGCUAGCGCCCCCUCGGAAGUACGCAGUUCAAAAUCUGCCAUCUUAGCUCAUGGCCACCCAUUUCACAAUGGUCACUUUGGAAUCAACAAAAAUAUUAAGUUUUACUAGCAACUAUACUUAGUUUUUGUUUCAAGUGUUUCUGUCUCUUAAUUGGUAGAACAUUACAUUUGCAGUGCAGAGGUCACGGGUUCAAUCGUAGGGCACAAGUCGCUUUGGAUAAAAGAAUCUGCCAAGUGCAUAAAUAUAAAUAUACUGUGAAAACAUACAGCCAUGAAAAAAAUUAAGAUACCAUUUCAAAAUUAUUUUUAGAAUUUACUAUUUAUAGGUAUAUGUUUAGGUAAAAUGAUCAUUUUUGUUUCAUACUGUUAACUACUAACAAUAUUUCUCCCAAAUUUCAAAUAAAAAAGAUUGUUUUGAUUUGCAUUUAUUUGAAGAAAAUGAAAACUCGAGAAACAGGUAAAAAUAACAGAAAAGAUACUCUGUAUUUUUUUAGACCUCAGAUACUGCUAAGAAAAGUUCAUGUUCACUUUAAAGCAAUAUAACAGUAAUAUUUGUAAAUGUAUUUACGAAAAGUUAUUGCAAGUUGUUAUUUUACGUGAUAACCUAGACAAUUAUUAUCACAGUUUUCAUUUGUCUUGUCAUGCUGUCAGUCUUUUAUAUUGCUGUUGGAUGACCUGAGGUUUGAUUUUGUUAACAUUCAACAUUGGACUGGAAUGGCCACAACACAUCUAG